GGGGAAAGAAAUGAAAGUCGAUGUUUAUUCAUAUGCAAUGAUUCUGUGGCAGCUUAAAGAAAUGAAGCGACCCUAUGGUACCGUUUCAUCUGCUGACAUACGAGUCAAUGUCCUGUCUGGCUGUAGACCUUUCCUAAGUGAUGAUGAUGACUGCAUAGAGGGAUAUAGAGAGAUCAUCAUACGUUGCUGGGAUAACCAACCUGAUUGCAGGCUACACUUCAAAGAAAUUAUAAUCAUGUUGGAUGGAAUUAUGAGACGAAUGUCUUCAGGUCAUUCUGUGAAUGCAAGUGAAGAUAUAGCUAGUAGUGGCAGCGACAUUCCCAUCGCAAGUAAAGAGGCAUUAUCUGAAUCUCCUGAGGAUCGGUGGCUGAAAUUAGAGGCCAAAUCAUUAUCUGGUCAACCCAUUGAAUUGAAAGCAAAAGCAUCUCAUACAAUUGCUGCUUUGAAGCAUCAACUUCCAUCUCAACAAGACUCGUUAUCAUGGGAUUAUUUGCUGUUGCACAAUGGGAAGCAACUACAUGAUGAGCAAACAUUGGCUGAUGCAGGAUUAACUGAUGGAACAAGACUGAGUUUUGUUCUUUGUCCUCGUGCAGUGACAAGCAUGGGAUCUGAUGUUGGUGAGCUGUUUGUUCAAGCAUUACAACAAGGAUCAGUUGAAAUUGUUCGAAUCAAGAUUGUUAUUGUUGGCAGAGACAGAACAGGCAAGACGUCUUUUAAGCGAUCUCUGCUCAAUGAGAAGUUUCAGCCAAUUCAGCCGAGCACAUCUGUGGCAAAGGCAGAACUGGCAGUUUGUGAAGCAUCUAACUGGAGACGUGUGAGUGACAAAGACCGUGAGUUUUUAGACAGACAAAUAGCUAGAGCAGCAAUACAUGCAGAACAUAAUGCUAGUGCAAGGAGUUCAGGUAGUGAAGAUGAGAGCAAGAGUGUCAACACUAAAGUAGAUCAGUCAGAGACGGCGAUGCACAGUAAUGAUGACAAGCAAUCUACAGCAAAUGAUAGUAGUGAAAUUGGAACAAGCUAUGACAGACUGAAUGAAGCACUCACUCCAAAUGAUGAUAAUGAAAGUAACAAGUCCACAGAUGAAUUUGAUGAAGCAGUUGCUCUAAACGAAACAAUUGCUCGUGUUAUGAAGCAGUUUCAAGGAGACCCUGUCCUUUUGAAGCAGGAAGAUACAAAGCUUCACAUUGCCAUGUGGGAUUUGGGAGGUCAAGAACCACUUCUUCCUGGUCAAGGGCAAGCCAUCACACCUGGAUGCAUUGUUUUCAUUGUUUUUAAUGCAGCUGAGCCUCUAGAUGAGGAGGCCAAGUCUUUCUACCUUCAUUCGGUUGACUCAGAACCAAUUCCAAUACAUAAUUUUUGGAUAGAGAAGAACUGUGAUGCUGUGUCGUUAUGGGCAUCUGUAACUUCCUUGGUAGGUGAGCAUCACAGUUCUGACCUUCGGUCUUUUCCACUCUUGACUGAUUACAUUGGCAAGUCAAUGAAUUGUGCUUCACCAGUCAUGUUCCUGAUUGGAACACAUGCUAAAGAUAUCGACGAAAAGAUGAUAAAGAAACAGAAUGAAUUUCUCUCAAAACUGUUUCAUAGAAAGGCAUUUAAGAAGCACAUCAUUAGACCAACCACCCAACCUCAUGAUUGGUUCUUUUGUGUAGAAAAUUCAGUGUCUGACCCUGACAGUCCCAAUGAGGAUCCAGGUGUGACAAUUGUAAAACAACUCAUUGAAAAGAUGGCAUGCGAUUUGUCACCCAAACCUUUAAUCCCUGCCACUUGGUCAGUACUGGAGAAAAUUCUUGAUGCACUAGAAGGAAAGUUGGGCAGUGCUUUGUCCAACGUUAAAGUUAUCAUGCCCUUUGCCAAUCGAUUGUGUCGUAUGUCAAAAGAGAGAGAACUCUGUGCUGCUUUGUCAUACUUAGAUGAGGCUGGAUCAGUAAUUUUCCCUCAGAGGAGCAGGAAGCUAAAGAAUAUAGUUGUCACUAAUCCACGCUGGCUUUUUAACGUCUUCUCGAUAGUGGCAUCAGUUUGUUAUCCUUCUCCCUUGUUGAGUGAAGCUUGGGAGCAAGCACAGGAAACAGGAAUUGUUUCUUGGGAUCUCAUUGAUCAUCGCCUGAAAGAAGUAGGAGUAAAGCAAGAAGAAUAUGCCAUUGUUCUGAAUCUCUUAAACUGUUUCUUCAUUCUCUGUUCGAAACCUGGUUCAUUUGCUGGAGCAGUUUCUUAUCAAACUGACUACUUUGUUCCUUGCCUACUAAAUUUUGUGCAUGAAGGUCCAUUUGCAGCUGCUAGUCCAGCUAUUCCAGAAAUGCCUAAGCCAUUGUCACUCAUUGUUUCUUCGUGUAAAAUUGACUUUAUUCCCGAACAGUUGCAUUUUAAGUUGAUGACGUGCUGCAUUGAGAAGUACCAAGAAAAUAACGAACCGAUCUUGGCACGCAAUUAUUCUGUAUAUCAAGUUCAGAAAGGUGUCAAGUUGGAACUGAUUUAUCAUUCAAAGAAAUAUAUUAUUGUCACUAUUGUCACGCAAAAGUCAUGUCGCGAAAUUGCACCUAUCUGUACAGAUAUUCGUCGGUUUAUCACUGAAACCUUGGAUGAAGUGAAGAAACCAGGAUUGUCCCAACUUCAACUGUCACUGAAUAUUCAACUUUCUGGACCAACUGUACCUGUUGAUCCCAACAGGUUGGUGUGCAUAGACGAGUACAAGGCAAAUGAGAACAGAUCACUUAGAAGAAACAUAAACAGGCGUUUUGUCGAAUUAAGUCACAGCGAGAAAGUUGGAUUAGACUGUUGGUUUUACGAUCAGGACGAUGAUGUAAUCAGACAAACGUCACAACGUACAUUGGAAUUGGAAGCGAAUAGCAAAUGUACCGACAAGGAGAUUGUGUCUGUAGCUUUCAAUGUUUCUACUCGCUGGGUGAAGCUUGUUUCUCUUCUCGAACCUACGGUUUUCUCGGUAUACAAGAUAGAUGAGAUAGAGCAAGAACACCGAGGUAUUUUUAUGCGAGCUCGAAAGGCACUAACCAUGUGGACAAGCCAUUUUGGUAACGAAGCCAGCCGACAGUUACUGAUAAAUGCUAUGUGUGACAAGCGUGUGGGUUGCAGACUUGAAGCAAACUCUGCUUUUGGCGAGCAAUUGGUAACAUAUGUUAGCCCGCCUUGUAUUGUUAUAUAGGUCUGCUAUUUUUAUGAAAUUUGAACAAUAUCUGAUGUACAUUGUUUUAUUUCAAUACACUUCAAGUCUUGUUUGAAUUACUUGACUUAAUGUUGCUACAUGAUGUUCAAUCAAACCACUUGCAUUCAUCAUCUGUAACA